ACCAAAUUUAACGUUAUUGCUAUUUGUUCAACGUUACUCUCUAACCACACACAAACACUUUGCAGAAACAGUAAAAACAGAGAAAAUGGUGGAGAUUCAGAUCGUUUCGUCUUGUUCUUCAAGUCUCUAUCCCUGAAUCAAUGCAUCUGCAUUCAAAGACGUUAGAUUUUUUUUUCAAUUCGCUCUUACUUGUUCAUCUGGUUCUCAGGUUCUCUGUUUCUCUCUCACAGUUUCAUCUUUUCAAUCGAAGUCAUUAAACACUGCCAUUUUCUUGUUCCUCUGUUUUCCUGUUUCCCUUUCUCUCCCAAUUCUAUCCCUUUCUCUCAUUUUCCUCGAAAGGGUUUCCUCAUUCAGGGAUGAAAUCCUAUACCCAUUUCUUAUUUUCCGUUGUUUUCUUCAUUUUUGCUUUGAAAUCGUCUUGUGUUCUGAGCAAAAGUUCUCAAUCGGAGUCCGAUGCUGGUUUUAUCCUCGCAUGCGGCGCUUCUAACGCCGGCACCGAUUCCGAUGGACGUAAUUGGCAACCAGACACCAAGUUCAUCAACUCAUCCACUGAUUCAAUAACCGGUACAGCCCAGUACCAAGACCCAUCUCUGCCAUCAACAAUUCCUUACAUGACUGCGAGGAUUUUCACAUCCCCAUCAACAUACAAAUUCUCUGUUUCUCCCUCAAAACGUCUAUGGAUCAGACUCCAUUUUUAUCCUUCUACAUAUAGCAAUCUUGAUCCAAACAUCUCAUAUUUCUCUGUAAUCGCAAAUGGGUUCUCUCUUCUCAACAAUUUCAGUGCAUCAAUCACGACUCAGGCGCUCACACAAGCCUACAUCAUCAAAGAAUUCUCUAUGACUCCUGUCCAAUCUGGCAAUCUUGAUAUUACUUUCACACCAUCCGAUCACACGGAUGGCUCUUACGCUUUCAUCAACGGCAUUGAAGUGGUUCCAAUGCCAUAUAUAUUCCAAGAAGCGACCAUGGUUGGGUUCGACGACCAAACUUUGGACGUCAAUAGCUCUUCGACGCAGACAAUGUUUAGGCUUAACGUUGGUGGACAGUUUAUUCCUGCUACCAAAGAUUCAGGCCUGACAAGAACAUGGUACGAUGAUUCUCCAUAUCUGUUUGGUGCCGCAUUCGGUGUCACGUCCGAGGCUGAUAAGAAUGUUACAAUAAGAUAUUCCAAAGAUGUUCCUGAAUAUAUAGCACCAUUGGAUGUUUACAGCACAUCAAGAUCAAUGGGACCUACUGCAAAACUUAAUCAGAAUUUUAAUCUCACUUGGGUUUUCCAAGUUGAUGCCAAUUUCACUUACAUUGUCAGGUUUCAUUUCUGUGAAUUUCAACUUACAAAGGCCAACCAGAGAGUGUUUGAUAUUUUUCUCAACAACCAAACAGCACAAGAAGCUGCGGAUGUGAUAGCCUGGGCAGGAUCUGAAGGAGUGCCUGUUUAUAAAGAUUAUGCUGUUUAUGUUGCUGAUCAGGUCGGGGACGCGGACAAUGAAAUUUGGGUGGCAUUGCACCCGAGUGUGUCGAUGAAGCCUGAAUAUUAUGAUUCAAUUCUUAAUGGAUUGGAGAUUUUCAAACUCAACCAAACAAAUGGGAAUUUAGCCGGUCCAAAUCCGCAACCAUCAGAGCUUCUUUUGCUGGCUGAAGAAGCAGCAAAGAAGUCAUUCUCUCCGUCUUCAGGGUCCAUUACUGCUCCUAUAAUUGGUGGCAUUGCUGGAGGUGUAGCAGGAUUAGCAAUGAUUGCUGCAAUCUUCAUUUUUGUGAACCAUAAGAGGAGACAAGCUAAUGGAGGUCAUUCCAAUACUGCUCUUUGGUUGCCACUCUAUGGGAGUUACCAUACAUCAGCAACCAAUUCAACUAUUUCUGGCAAAAGUGUAGGCAGCAGCCAUCUUUCGAGCCUUGCAGCCGGUCUCUGUCGCCAUUUUUCACUGCCCGAGAUCAGACAAAGCACUAAGAACUUUGAUGAGUCUCAGGUAAUUGGUGUUGGAGGGUUUGGGAAGGUCUAUAAAGGCAUUAUUGAUGGGGGUAUCAAAGUUGCUAUCAAGCGAUCAAACCCAUCUUCAGAACAAGGAGUUCAUGAAUUCGAGACAGAAAUCGAGAUGCUUUCGAAGCUUCGACACAAGCAUUUGGUCUCACUAAUUGGGUUCUGUGAAGAAGAUGGAGAGAUGAUACUUGUUUAUGAUUAUAUGGCUAAUGGCACUCUAAGGGAGCAUCUCUAUAAGAGCAGCAACAACAAACAACCUCCACUUUCAUGGAACCAGAGACUGGAAAUCUGUAUUGGAGCAGCAAGAGGACUACACUAUCUUCACACUGGUGCUAGAUACACAAUCAUUCACAGGGAUGUGAAGACUACAAACAUUCUCUUGGAUGAAAACUUGGUAGCUAAAGUUUCUGAUUUCGGGUUAUCGAAAACAGGUCCUAAUCUCAAUCAAACUCAUGUAAGCACAGUUGUUAAAGGCAGCUUUGGGUACUUGGAUCCUGAAUACUUCAGAAGGCAACAAUUGACAGAGAAAUCAGAUGUUUAUUCAUUUGGGGUAGUUCUCUUUGAGGCCUUGUGUGCUAGGCCAGUCUUGAAUCCUAGCUUACCUAAAGAACAAGUAAGUCUAGCAGAUUGGGCUCUGUAUUGCCAAAGAAAAGGAGUCCUGGAGGACAUUAUUGAUCCACAUAUAAAGGGAAUGAUCAACCCUGAAUGUCUGAAGAAAUUCGCGGAGACAGCAGAGAAGUGCUUGAGUGAUCAUGGGCUCGAUCGUCCUUCCAUGGGAGAUGUUCUGUGGAAUCUUGAGUUUGCAAUGCAAUUGCAGGAAAACCCUGAGGGAGUAAACAUAGAAAAGGGCACUAAGGCAAAGGAUGCUUAUGCAAUGCAUAGACAAGUGUUGGGUGAUAUUGAUGAGGAGGAGAGUGUUGGGAGUGAACCAAAUGAGAACAUGAACUCUGGUGUAGUAUUUUCACAGCUAGUACAUCCCAGAGGAAGAUGAGGCAAAUUUUGUUGUUGAAAUUAUAUAGACAGCAAAAUUUUUGUUAGAUAUAGGGUAGUUUGUGUAUGUAAAGAUUAAUUCCUUAUUUUUCUUUUGUUUGGA